CAUCGUCCAUCAAAUCUUCCCACUACCGACUUGGACGAUACACCAUAGAGUCCGUGCUCUCCCUUUCAAAUUUAUCGAAAGAUUAGUUUCUUGGACCGACAUACCAACCCCUCGUACUGCGUGAAAUCAUCAACAACAAGAGAAUUGCUGUAUAGAAAACCGAGGCCUUCAUCUCCAUGAUCAGCUCAAUCUUGAUCCAUCCUGCUUUUUCUCAGUCACUCCUCACCCAGACACAACCACAACCACCACCUACCGAGAUGCAUUUGACUUGCAAAACAAAAGUCGCCCUUCUCAAGGGUAUGAGACCUCAUUUCUCCAAUCAACAACACGUCACCACCACCCAAAAGAUUCUGUCUUCGGCAUGUGCAACGACAACUUCUUGCAUCUACUGUGACAUUUGGAAACUCGCCGCUCUGAUCGCCUCACAUGUCCCGCUCCGAGCUCGGUACAAUCUACCAUCCACUUCACCCACCAGCUCACCAAUGUCAUCCCGACCGUCAAGUCCGAUCUCGUUCUCUCCGACACCGCCGCAUGCAGACAUGGCCUCGGUGUCGAGAAAGAUCGAAGCUCAGAUUCAAGCUCAACGGUCACAACUGAAUUCCAUCCUCAGUAUCUGCACAGUAUCCGGGGCCGACGAAUGUGAGGGUCUGAGGAUGGCUCACGAUCGAUGUUCGGCGGCGGUUGAAGACCUCCUCGACCAAGAAGAAGAUCUCGAGGAAGCCCUUCUCGAAGAGUUACAAGAGCAGCAGUCCGUCUAUCACUAUGACUGCGAAUACAAUCACCACCACCACGGUUAUACUUCAGACUACACGUAUCCCGACAUUAAAGGAGGCUUUCCGUAUCCGUAUCCGUCAUACCCUCACGACCGAAGACCGAGUGCGUUUGAUGUCGCCAUUUAGAAGACAAUGAGUGGCGUGGAUUUCUUUUUUUAUAUACGACAACGAAACUAUGAAUUGUUUUACAGAGCGAGAUACCAGCCAGCGUGCGCCUAUGUGCAAGGGAUAAAAAGCAAGCGAUUGAUUUACAUCUACCGAUACGAUACCAUCUCUCUUUUGUUAUUUGUUUGGUUUGAGGAGGAGAAUGGGCAUGGAAAUGGAAAUAGGGAACGGGAAUCUUCAGAUACCAGACUGAAGAAAACUACCACAAGACUGAGGUAGAAUCCGGAGUGGAGGGCAGCAGCCUGCCUUGUCUCUUGAGGAUUUUUGGAUUGGAUGAGAUCAUAUGAUGAGAUAUGGUUCAAUGUACUACUACUACUACUACUAUACGAAGAAUUAUCGAUAUGGGAAGAAAAAAAGAAAAACAUUUUCUUC